UUAAACCCUCACUUCGGCAGAGAACGUUAAGCAGGUUACAACUUCAUCAAAUUAUUUGAGUGAGUAUAAAUUAUUCGAAUAUGGAACGCAGCUACAGGCAGAAGAGGGAAUGGCUGAAAAACAAUGGUGCCAGCAAUGGUAAUAGUAAUAACGCUGGCAAAAAUGGAGACAAUCGGCGGUAUACCGCCUACUCCGACCAAUCGGGUCGAAAUCUGGGGGGAUGGGCCUCCUCCUCCUGGUCGAGCUCUAACAUUACCAACUUCUUGCCUUCAUCACCCUCUGACUACGCCUCUGCUGAUCCUGCCCCGCAGGUCGCUUCCAUUUGGAGCAGAAAAAGAACUAACUGGGACAACAACCAAGAUCUAACAGAACGAAUUACGAAUAUGAACAACCAAUCGUGGUCUGGCAAUCGCGGGUCUGCCAACUUAGACCAGUGGAGGGGUCCGAAAUUGCAGCCCAUACUGACGAUGGCUGAAGAAAAUGGACUGCCGAAUCGCAUUCGCGGAGAUUUCCUUGGUCUUAGCGGUGCAAAGCGCAAAUUGUUUUAUCGCUACCGUGAAAUGGGAUGCUCUGAUGAAGAGGCUCUUGCCAAGACCUUGGAAAAUAGCAUGGAUUCUGUAAAUUUUACAGGUGGCGCACGCAAGUGGUACGACAAGUAUGUUGCCAGCGGUUGUACCAAGGAAGAGGCUAUAGCCAAUAUGCUGCAGUACAAGAAAAAUCUUGCUAUCAAGCGGGCGGCGUUGGCUGCCGGUAACCGCGGUCGCAAGCGUCCGAUUGAUAACAGCUCCCUUGGUGGCAGGUCCAAAGAGGAACCCAAGACACGGAGGAUGCGGACAGAACGGCCGCCGAAGACCUCGGCCGUCAAGAAUAAAGGCUUUUCUAUGGCCAUCGUGUCUGAUAAUUAUCCCAUAUCCAUAUUGAGUAAGAAGGAAUUGGUUAAAGUCGAGUCCGGACUCGUAGAGGAAAUGAAGAAGGGUUGGAAGACCAGUAUCAACUUCGGAGGCAUCCGAUUCCUUCCCGGACUGAUUUCGGUUAUCUGCUUGGACUAUAACUCCAGGCAGUGGCUUGAGGAGGUGGUUCCGAAGAUGUCGAUAAUACCCGGGAUUAAACUGAUGGCCUGUCCCGAGAAUGAGAUUUCCGCAGCCAAGGUUAUUACUAUCCUUGUUCCGCGCUGUGCCGAUGAGACAGAUAAUGUUACAAUAGAUUUAUUGAAAGAUCAGAAUACAGAUCUCCUGUCGAAAACUUGGAAAUUCGGCCGCAUUAUAAAGUCCAGGGAUGGGAAAAUUGUGUCCAUCAGCAUUGGCGAAAAAUCCUUAGAACUGUUGAAAAAGAAAGGCGGUACCGUCAGUUACCGCUUUAAUCAGCUUCCGUAUCGCAUAGUGAAUGGGAAAGGCGCCCUAAUGACGAUUCGCGAAAACGAGCUGGAUACACCAAAGAAAAAAAUAGCCGAGUCAACUGAAAUUGACUUAACUGAGGAAGAUGGAGAAGAAUAUAUUUCUAGCCUUGAACUGACCAUUGUUGAUGAAGUAAAGGGAGACGAUGACGAGGAGAUUGAGAUGUUUGAAGUUAAAAGCGAAGUAGAGAUUGCUGAAAAGAAUAACGAUAAUGAAGAAGAAGAAGCUAAAGAGAUGAUAACUGAAAAGGAGAUAACAGAAGAGGAGAUAGCACAAGAGGAGAUAGUCGAAGAAUCACAAGGCGCUGAUGAAAGUGCCGAGGAUGAGCAUCAGCAGAAGGAAGACAAAAUUGUUGAAAAUGAAGAGACAACCAAUACCGAAUAAGCUGCUUCCAACGUAUACAGCAUUGGUGGAAGCCUUGGCUAAAAGGCAAUAUAUAGAAACAAAUGAUGAGCAGCAACAUGUGAAACACAUUCCAAAUAUACUAGACAAUUUACAAGCCAGAGGCUCGUAGUAUAUACAUAUGUAUACUUAUUACCUUUUACGGCAGUAUCAGGACAUAUGGCCCUACUAUGUUAUUUUUACAUUAUACACAUCACAAAAGAAAUCAUGUUAUGUGAAAUCAUUUCUAAUUAAAAAUAUGGGUUUUGGACAUUAAA